CGAACAGCGCCAUCCACCGCCGCCCAUCCUCGACACGCCGCCCGCGCAGCAUCGCAAUCGCACACGCCCGGCCAGGCUACGACGAGGCAGGCGUAUAGAGGCCAGCAUUGGCACGGGAAGCAGGCCUCGGGCUAGACGAGCAAAGCGACAAUGGUGUCCUACCCACCAAAGCCCACCCACGCGGCCUCGACGUCACGAUCCUCACAAGCCCCAAGCGCCAGCUCGAAUACCCCGGGCCACGCAAAGAAGUCUUCGUCUUCGUCCAACCAUGCCAGCCAGCCCCGCGAACGAGAACAACGGCCGAGCAGAGAGGGCGCGGCACAGCGGGCAGCGCAAGAUGUGGCAGGCCUCAAGGAUUACCAGCUGGGCGACUGCUUGGGCAAAGGCGCAUUUGGCAGCGUGUACAGGGCACUGAACUGGGGCACGGGCGAGACAGUAGCGAUCAAACAGGUUCGCCUGGAGAACCUGGGCGCUGCAGAUCUGAAGAAUAUGGAGAUGGAGAUUGAUCUGCUCAAGAAUCUAAACCAUCCCAACAUCGUCAAAUACAACGGCUUCGUGAGGAGUUCCGAGAGCCUGUACAUCAUUUUGGAGUACUGCGAGAACGGGUCGUUGCACAGCAUCUGCAAGAACUUCGGAAAGUUUCCGGAAAAUCUCGUCGCCUUGUACAUGUCACAGGUCCUCCAUGGUCUUCUCUACCUCCACGAGCAGGGUGUAAUCCAUAGGGAUAUCAAGGGGGCAAACAUUUUGACAACAAAAGAGGGCCUGGUCAAGUUGGCAGACUUUGGAGUAGCGACGAAACAGUCUGGCUUGGACCAAUCAAGCGUUGUUGGCACGCCAUAUUGGAUGGCUCCAGAGGUCAUUGAGCUCUCUGGCGCCACCACUUCCUCGGAUAUAUGGAGUCUAGGCUGUACGGUUAUCGAGCUGAUCGAGGGGAAACCGCCAUACCACAAGCUACAACCCAUGCAGGCGCUGUUCAGGAUUGUCAAUGAUGAGCAUCCACCUAUACCCGGCAGUGCUUCUCCGCUCCUCCGCGAGUUCCUGAUGGAAUGCUUCCAGAAGAACCCUACCCUGCGUAUAUCCGCGAAACGGCUGCUGAAGCACCCAUGGAUCCUCAGCGCUAAGCGAACAGUACCCGCAGUACCCACCAAACCCACCGAAUACCAAGAAGCUGUCAAGUCGGUGCAAGAAUGGAACGAAGCCUUAAAAUCUCCCAAUUCACUGCGGCGGAGCACUCGUCUUGCUCCUAGCACGCAACAACCUACCAAGGCCCCAGUAAACGGCGCCAUGUCGGCAGUUCGCAAAGCUCCAGUAAACGUCAAUCUUAACAUACCUAAGCACAGACCCACAGCUGAAUCGUUCCGUUCACCAGAGCUAGAUCACGACGAUAAUUGGGAUGACGAUUUCGUCGAAAGCAUCUCAGCGCGUGCAUUGCAGAUGCCGCACCUCAAACCUCAGGACCAUUUCGCUGGCCUGUUCUCAGGGGACAGGCUGAAAGCAUAUGCAAGCGUCGAGGCAGUCACCGACAUGACAGAGUAUGGGGACGGUGAGACUACGGUGAAGAGCCCGCUGAGUUUCCAACACUUCCAGAGCUUCCCGCAAACUUCAGUCGAGAGUGCAAAAGCCAAUGGCGCCAAGGCGAGAGCCACUACGCCAUCGUCAAGGUCUACCUCCACCGUCACAGACAUGGACGAUAGGCAUGAUGGCCAACCAAAAACAGCAUUUUUGCGUGGCGUACCCAAAGCUUCGCAGCUGCCAAAGACCAAGGUCGCUGGGUUGGCAAGGCCUAGUCAGCUGUUCCGUGAAGACAGUAUCGAAGACUACUCGGAUCUAAUGCCUGCAGAUGAAGGGGCCUUUGAGAAGAAGCUUGCCGCAAUGCAAUACACACAGCCCCUAGCAAUCCUGCCUCCACAAAUUCUUAAAGCUAACUCUAGCUCGCCUGCUGAGUCUUUCUCUCCGCGUCUCUUUCACCCUAGCGAUCUCAGGGCGGCGCCAAAAUCAACACGGAAUAUCAAGUCUAACGGCAGUGUACGACAACGAUCGGCGAGUUCGACAUCCACCCGUAGAUUGCAGAGAACUCAAUCAGAGAUCGAAAUUCAAAAGUAUGCAGAGGACGAGGGCGAUGACUUCUCCGACGUCUUUGGCGACAUCAAGGGUCACCCAAACACCAACCCUGGCCGAGCGGAAAGCGAUAGUGGCAGUGAGCAUAGCAGCCUUGCUAUGAUUACGUCAAAAAUGGCCAAUUCUUUCACCAUUGCUGAUGAGGAGGACCUCGAUCCUUUUGCCAAUCUCGAAGAAGGGCUCGACAAUCUCAACCUGGAGAACAACGUCGCUCGAGACCGGGAUGACCGAUUGACGAAGAUGACAGAGAAUCUUGUCGGCUGUUUGAAGACCAGUCAGCCUGACGAUGUCCUCCUUGAUCUUGCAGACCAACUCUUGCAAGUACUCUACGAGUCGCCGGAUAAGCGAUCAAUCAUCUUGCGAAGCCAUGGCAUGCUACCUAUAUUAGAGAUUCUUGGUACAAUACCACACAACGAGGUGGUACUACCGCUAUUGAAGAUCAUCAACUUGAUCAUAUUAGAAGACUCGGAAGCGCAAGAAAGUCUAUCCUUUCUCGGAGGUAUUCCCACAAUUUGCCACUUUGCAUACAAGAAGUACCCCAGCGACAUUCGCAAGGAGGCCGCGGCUUUUGUACGACAGAUGUACCAGACCAGUACCUUGACGUUGCAAAUGUUCAUUGGCUGUGGUGGUAUUAACGUUCUCGUUGAGUUUUUGGAAGAGGACAUUGACGCCGAGCGAGACUUGGUGCUCAUCGGCGUCAACGGUGUGUAUGGUGUUUUUGAACUGCAAGGGCCGACGCCCAAGAACGAUUUUUGCCGUAUCUUCUCGAGGAGUAGUGUGUUGUAUCCAUUGUCGCUAGUGUUGAACAGAAUGGUUGAGGAAGACGGAGAGGUGGCGAGGCUCAUCGUCGGCAGAAUUGUGCACAUCUUUUUGAUCUUCUCGCAAGCGGAGAGUCAUGUUAAGGAUCUCGUGGCAGAUCGCAUGAUCUUGAAACGCGUGCUCAAAGAUCUCCGCAGAAUGUCUCCCCCGCACCAGAUCACUAUGCUCAAGUUCAUCAAAAAUCUCUCAUCCCUCUCUUCAACUCAUGAAGCGCUCCAAAACUCGAAUGCAAUCGAUAUUCUAAUCGAACUGCUCAAAUCAACCCGCCAAAAGGACGCAAAAUACCGUACCCAAAGUCGCUCUGCCUCAGAUCCCACCCGCUUGCCACCAUUCCAUCGCGAAAUUUCUAACCAGAUCCUCAACACCAUGUAUAACCUGUGUAGACACAACAAGAGCCGACAAGAAGAGGCAGCGCUAUCUGAUAUUAUCCCGCUGCUGAAGGAGGUAGUGCGCGAGGGCGGACCGCUCAAGGAGUUCGCUCUACCGGUACUGCUUGAGAUGGUGAACUCCGGUAAGGUUGCGCGCAAGAUGCUGUGGGAUGCAAAGGGUCUUGCGUUCUACGUGUCACUACUUGGCGACCGCAAUUGGGCAGUCACAGCCCUGGAUGCCAUCUUCGUGUGGCUCCAGGAAGAAACUGCACGUGUCGAACAAUACCUCCUCUCUUCGCAUGCGAACUUCACGCCUGCCAUUAUCUCUGCAUAUACUUCAGCCGACCUGUCUCACUCGACCUUUGAGAAUAUGCUCGAGCCGCUACAGAAGCUAGUGCGCUUGUCUCCGCCCAUCGCCGCGUCGCUCGCUGUCCCCGAGAUCUUCAACCGCACGGAACAGAAACUUGGACAUAAAGAUGCUGUCACACGUCUCAAUCUAUUACGUAUAUUACGGACGAUUUGCGAUGCGAAGGAGGAAGGCUGCUGGUUGAUUCGCGCCUUUGGCUGCUAUGAACGCAUUAGCUGGCUCAUGGGACAGGAUCCUGCGGUCUUGGUACGACAGAUGGCAGAAGAGCUCGUCCGCGCCUGUGAUGAAGUGGAAGUCUCCGGUAUGACUACGAGUUCAAACGGCAAGCGCAGUGUAUCUCGUGCUUCAGGUUUAGGUAUGAACUUGAGGCGCCCUGCUUCAUCAUCUAGUCGACGCGAUGGCUCAGGGUCAAGCACUGGAAGCACGAUGGUAGGAAGUGGUAUGGGACUAACGCCCCCUACGCCAACGAGUCUCAAGAAUACAUUCAUGCUCCCAACUAUGUCCAAUACACCGACAUUGGUCGGUAGCGGCAGGGACCGUGUAACCCGAAGUCAAUCCACUGCGGCUAUGUGGGAUCUUGCUGAAGAUCCCUCCGCUGCACCUUUGUCUUCUGGAAGAUCGAAGCCCACCCCUUUAACGAGGAGCUCGACAUCAUUCGCCGUCCUCCAGUCCAACGGGACACCAGCAUCCUUACGCACGCAAAGUACUCGACCUUCAUCUCGAGAUCCAUCUCGGGACGCUGUAUCCAGCCUCUCACGCAUAGAAGCAAACGCGAAAUCCUCCUCACGUCUCCCCAAGGCUCGACAAGGCCGCCUAAGUGAAGCCGUGAAUCGUCGUCGACAAAGCACCAUCGGUGGUGAGAAUGACAUACCCACCAAUGGCAGUGGUGUGAGCAGUCCAGUCCUACCACGUCUUCACAUCGUACGAAGGAGGAGGGAGACGAGCGGUGGAGAAUUGAGUACGGUUGGGGCAAAGGGCAAGGGCGCGGGCGCGGGCGCGGAUUAGAAGCCCGCAGUCGCAGAAGAAGUAAGUGGGAGUGUGCAUCCUACUCAGAUUCGGAGACGAAGGGGGUGGACAGGGUUGUAGGACGUCUCAUUUGGCUUUGGCCUGGUUUUCUUUUGUCGUUUGUACUGGAUAGCCUCUACCUGAAGGAGUUUCAAGGCGCUAUGAUGGUUAAAGCAUUUUUAGACGGGUAUAAGCAUAGCCGGCGUUCUGGGUUGGGCUCUCAUGCAUAGAGCAUCAGUACUUGGAGGCUUCUGGAUAGGAAUAUGAAGAUGUAUCACGCAAUCAUGUUCUUACAUACUCCCUAUGCAU